AUGGCGGAGGACCCUUCCUCGGCCCUCCGGGUCUCGGAGAUAAAGGACCCCACGGCGCUCUUCGAGCGGUACAACACGGAAGAGAUCCGCUGGGUCGAGCGCAAAGUCCGCGGGGAGAUCGAGCAGAAGAAGGAGGAGCUGCGGCAGAUGGUGGGCGAGCGCUACCGGGACCUGAUAGACGCCGCCGACACCAUCGGGGAGAUGCGGCUGUGCUCCGAGAGCGUGGUCCGCUCCCUCCAGGACAUGCAGCAGUACUGCCGCCUACUGAGACGCGGCCGGGCCGGGGCGGGCAGCCCCAGGCCGGAGCAGAGUCCGAGUCCGUGGCAGGAGAAGUUCUACACCAUGGCCUCCCAGAUCAAGCUCCUGCUGGACAUCCCCGAGCGCAUCUGGAGCGCCAUGGAGGCGUCCCAGUACCUGCAGGCCACGCAGCUGUACCUGCUGUGCUGCCACCUGCAGGGCCAGCUGCAGCUGGAGCCCGGCGCGGGGGGGCUCUACAGCCCCGUCCUGGCCCGCUUCCCCAUCCUGGUGCGGCAGGUCGCCACCACCGGCCUCUUCAGGUCGACCAUCCUGCUGGACAGCCGGGCCCUGCUGCGGGGGCGGGCCGUGUCUGACCAGGCCAUCGCCGAGGCGCUGGUGUCCAUCAUGCUGCUGGAGGACAGCUCGCCGCGGCAGGCGCUGGCCGACUUCCUGCUGGCCCGCAAGGCGUCCAUCCACCAGCUGCUCAACCAGCCGCAGCACGGGUCAGGCAUCAAGGCGCAGGUCUGCAGCCUGGUGGAGCUGCUGGUCACCACCCUGUUCCAGGCCUACGCCGUCUUCUACCGGCCCCCCGAGGGCCAGCCCUGGCCGGGGGAGGCCGCUCUGGGCUGCGGCAUGCUCUUCCACACCCUGGAGAACGUCACCUCCAGCAGCUCCGCAGCCAAAGGCAGGAAGGUUCUGCUGGAGGAGACGAGCAGCGGCAGCUGGCACAGGUAUCUGCCCCCCUCCAUCUCUGAGUUCCAGCCCGCCCUGCGCACCCUGGCCCAGCCCAUCCAGAGGGCACAGCUCCGGGACACCCUGCAGCAGUGGAUCACCACCUGUAAGGAGGACAUCUGCCACGGUGUGGGAAACCUUCUGGUCUACGUGAAAAGCCUGCGGGGGCUGGCCGCCAUCCGGGACGCCGUGUGGGACCUGCUGUCCAGCGACUCCAUCAGCCAGCACUGGUCAGCCGUGUGCCAGCGGCUGCUGGACCGGCCGCUGGCCGUCUGGGACAGCCUCCUGCAGCCGCUCUUCCUCCAGCGCCUGCAGGCCAUCACCAAAGAAGAAACCGAGGCCAUCUCGGCGGUCUCGGUGGAGCUCCUGGACGCGGCGGUCAGGGACCUGGCCGAACAGGCGGCUUCUUCAUCCGGGGGGGGCGCCCACCCGGCCCCCAGCCGGGGGGGCCAGUACGAGGUGGACGUGGCCUCCUUCGUGUGGAGCGAGUCCCCGGGAGACCUGCUGAGCGACGCGGGCUGGGUCACGGUGGCCCAGCGGGGGGACCGGCCCCAGAGGGGGGGCCUGGCCAUGAAAACGCAAGCCCUGACCCCCAGUGUCCAGAACUUCUGCUCCGCCUUAGACGCCAGGCUGAAGACCAGGCUGGAGGACCUUCAGUACUACCUACCCUCCGAUGACUCAGGAUCGGACUCUAACUCGCGUCCGGCCUCCUUCUCGGGGCCUUCGUCGUCCUCGUUUGACCGCUUCACGGACGCCGCGGCCGUGGAGGAGGCUCUGAGCGAGGGCUGCGCGGCCUGCGUCCGCUCCGUCCUGUCGUCCGUCCGCUCCCGGCUGACCGCCGCCGCGCCGGACUCCCCGCCGGUCAGCCUCAGCUCGGUCCUGUUCAUGGCCAGGCUGUGCCACUCCCUGGGGGAGCUCUGCCCCAACCUCAAGCACUGCAUCAUGGGAAAGCGGAGCGCACCGGGGGGCGGGGCCAAAGGGGGCCCCCGGCCGAGCAAGAAGCUGGGGAAGUUUAAGGCCGCCCCCGAGGUCAGCCCCGCCCAGGCCAAGUGGGCCGGCCUGAAGGAGGAGCUCCUCCGCUGCAGCAUGGAGGCCUACCGGAGGUGGAGCUCCGCCCGGGCCCAGGUGCUGCUGGAUAAGUUUGGCGGGGAGCUCCACGCCGAUUCCGCCGGGGCCGUCCUCUCCACCAUGACAAACUGGGAGGAGCGGGAGAUCCAGGAGGAGACCGAGUCCGGCACCAGCGUCACAUCCAAAAUCCGCCUUCCCGUCCAGCCGUCCUGGUACGUGCAGGCUCUUCUGUUCGAGCUGUGCGUGGAGGUGAACCGGGUGGGGGGCCACGCCCUCCCCCGGCCCACCCUGCAGGAGCUGCUGCAGCUCUGUCUGGACCAGGCUCUACAGCACUACCACGGGCUCAUGGAGCAGCCCCCCACGGCGGGUGCGUUCCCUAUGACUCAGAACAGAGCCUUGCAGAUGCUGUUCGACCUGCGAUACCUCAGCACCACUCUGAGUUGCAGAUUUGAGGAGACAAAGAGCUCCCGCUCCCACCAAGACCCCAGAUUCCUAAAGAUCUGUGAUUGGCUGGAGGGAUUCAUCGAUCCCUUUGACUUGGACGUGUUCACACCUCCUCUGAACACCAACCUCAACCGCCUCUCCCAAAGGACCUCGGUACUUACAUCCACAGAUACAUGCUGA